AUGGAUGUCUCCAUCAGUGGCCGGGACUUGCGAUGCCUGCAGCUGGCCUGUGCUGGCCUGGGCCUGCUGGCGGGCAGCAUCAUUAUUGGGGUGUCUGUGUCAUCUGCAGCAGCGGCUGUGGGAGGCAUCUUCAUUGGAGCUGCAGGCCUGGGGUUCCUCAUCCUGGCUUAUCCUUUUCUGAACUCCCGCUUCAAUCUGGAUCGAUUCCUGCCUUCACUGGGGAAUCUAAGGAUCCACCCCCAGCCUGGGAACAGUGGAGAGGAAGGAGCAUCCAGUGAUGGAGGGAAGAGUGAAGGAAUAAGAAGCCACAUACCUAACACUCUCUCCACUGUGAGCCGGACUCUAGAGAAGUUGAAACCUGGAGGUGGCAGUGCUGGUGGGAGUCGGGGGAUGGAGGAGGGCUGAGGGAUCUUAGGCUGGACACUGCCUGGGAAAAUCCCAGCUUCUACUUGGGGAUGCAUCACCCAUCGAAGAGGAUGAGAACACAGCUCCCACUGAUCUCUUCCAUGCUUCUCCAAUCUGGCUGCCUCGGCUUUCUUGGGCUAUGCCACUGGAAAGGAGCCCAGCCAAAUAACCCUAAA